AUGGGGUCUAGGCGACCUGCAGCUAUGGCAUGUAUAGCCUGUCGUGAGAGCAAAGUCAAGUGUGACGGUGACGGCAAUGAGAAAUGCUCUAGUUGCGUGAACAAGCAACGCGAAUGUCGAUACCAGGCCGUGGACAAGAGGAAACUGCCACUGCGAGUUGCCAUAGAGCUGCUAACCAGUCGGGUCAAUCAGCUCUAUCUAUUCAUUUAUGAACAUGGUUUAGAGCCCCCAUGCAUACCGCAAGAAAAGGAUGACGCUCUAGCGAAAGUUCUUGACAUAUUAGGAUUGAUUGAAUUUCACUCGGCUGCACCUCAGAUGAAUGCGAAUUUCUCCAAGGCCACAGCUGCGGAGCAUCUACCGCCUGAUGUGCCAACUAUGUUGGACUUUUCCAAUGAUCUGGAUAUCACGGGAAAUGCCGACAAGUUAAGAGAUCUUGACUCUAUAGACAAAGUUUCUUGUUCUUCUCAACCUGAUAUCAAUCAAAUAUCAGACCCCCAGGCCGUAUCCGCACUGCCUAGCUUAGAUGACACUGCAGAGAUUCCAAUCACAGAUCCAUACUCAUUGGAAAACACAUCAGAUGCCGCUCUAUCCAACUUGGACUGGAAUAUGGAUAUCGGAACAUGCAUGACUCCGUCAUCUCCGGACAUCCAAGACAUACUUGGUUGCAACUCUCAGAUGGGUGGGCUGGAGCAGGAAACAGAGAUAUUGCCGGAUCUCUUGGAGGCUCCUGUUACCACAAAUCCAGCCAGUCCCGAUAAAGAGACUAGAAGUCCAGAAAGGAUAGAAGACCUAAUUGAUGAGCUCUCCGAUCGAGUGGGAACCUUACGCUUCGGUCCUGAAGGACAACCCCAUUUCUAUGGCCCAACUUCAACAUUCAACCUCCCCGAUGCUCCUGUGGCUACUAAGAGCCAGACGCAUCAUCGUACCUUGGACUCUCUUGAAAAUGAGAUUGAUCCUGAUGAAGAAGCUCCGCUGAUACUAGAAGAGCACCUACUCAAUCUAUACUUUACCUGGCAAGACCCGUCGUUUCAUGUGGUUGAUCGAGACAUGUUCGAGAAAGCAAAGAGAGCCUGGCUUGCCAAUGAAGAAACACCUUUCUAUUCCGAGGCACUCUGCUACGCAAUGUGCUCUCUCGGCGCGGCGUUUGAAACUCGGUAUCAUCCAUCAUUCGUCACGUUUCCAAAGUCCUUGGUGGAACACUUUGGAGACCGUGCAAAGGCGCUUCUUGAAAUUGAAUUGGACUCUCCUACUGUAGCGACGGUUCAGGUCCUGGUCAUUAUGAGCAGUCAUGAGGUUGGAAACGGCCAGGAUACGAGAGGGUGGCUUUACAGUGGGAUGGCUCUUAGGCUUGCUUUUGAUCUUGCUCUUCACAUCGAUCUCUCUUCAUAUGUUGCUCGUGGUUCUAUCACUGCUGUUGAUGCAGAACUACGCCGGACUGUCUUUUGGGCUGCAUAUAUGGUUGACCAUCUUGUCGGUUUCUAUCUUGGCAGACCUUUCUACACCAACAUGAAAGAUGUGACGGUAAAGAAACCAAACGCUGACACCUGCCGCCAAGAAUCCUCCAAAUGGACAUCAUAUGCAUGCCCUAUCUCAUUCGGCAAUGAAUACGAGUUUAUAGACUUGGUAGAAGCCGUGAGUGAACAGGAGAUAUCGCUUUGUGAGAUAAUGGCCCCAUGUGGCCACUUCCUCUACGGGGGCUCAGGGAUUUCAAAGCUCCAGCUCCAACAACUAAACGUCAAAGUUGUCGCCCGGCUAUUAGACUGGAAAUCCAAACUACCCGAUUCCCUCCAAAUAAACCUAAACGACCACACAACCCCCUAUCUCCCGCACGUCCUCCUCCUCCACAUGCAAUUCUUCCAAAAUCUGAUACACUCUCACCGACCUUGGAUGUCAAAAGACUACCUUCAGCCCCAGCCACCCGUAGGACCAGGCCACACGCACGCAAGAGAGAUGUGCAUCCAAUCUGCAAUCUCCAUCGCCAAGAUCCUAGUCCUCUACGAGAAAAGAUACACCCUUCGCCGCAUAAACGUCAAAGCAGUCUCCAUUACAUCCUCUGCUAUUUUACUUCUUCUCUUCGCGGCGAUAUCACAUUACCCGCUCGCGAAGAAUGAAAAUAUAAUUGCACACCUUGGAACAUGCUUUCGGGCUCUUGAUGAAUUUUCUUUGUCAUGGCGAAGCGCUAAUAAAGUUAAGGAUUUGUUGGUUCGGUUGCAGUAUAAGUGGGAGUUGAGGACGAGGGCUAGUAAGCAAGGUCGGGCUUCUGAUGGGGAUACUGAUCCCCCGAGCAAGAGAUCGCGGACAAUGAAUUAUCCGAGCACUGGGACUGGGACUGGGACAUCACAGGCUGAUGAGGGUAUCUCGCUUGCUCAUCCUAGUCUGACGGACUUACAGCCUGAUUCUGGGCUUGGGUGGAUGCUUAUGCUUAGUGGACAACUUCCUGCUGAUGGUGAUGAGGAUCUUUAUUCAUUUGUUGCUAAUACUGCUAUUCCAGGUGUUGACUAG